GUUGAUAGAUCGGCUCACGUUUUCGUCCAUCUUUAUGCUAAGCAAGCUAGCACUUUAGAUGUCGGGGAUUGCUGGCUUGAUUCUACACCGUGUUUACUUGUAAGUUGUAACCAGCCUCUGAGCUGAUUAUGCUGGAGCUGCUUGGGUUGAAUGAAGAGCUCUCAAAUUUCUCCCAAAAAAAGAAUCACCACAGCUCCAUGCGAUUGCGGUUUGCGAGCAUGGCUCCGCCGCGGCCUUCUCCUCCCCUUCCGGCAUGGGCGGCGGCCAACGCCCUCUUCCGACGCCACCGACGCCUUCUCCCGCUCCUCCUUCCUCCCGCCUCCCUCUGCCCUUUCCUUCCCGUCCUCUCCCACUGCAUCGUCUCCGGCCUCGCCGGCAACCCCUUCGUCGCCUCCCGCCUCAUCCUCGCCUCCUCGCGCCUCUCCCUCACAUUCUCGCUCCUCCUCCUCUCCCACCUUCCAGCCUCCUCCUUCUCGCCCUUCUCCUUCAACUCGCUCAUGCGCGCGUCACCUCCAAUCGUCGCCCUCAACCUGUUCGAGCAAAUGCGCCGCCGAGGCGUUCCCGCGGACAACUACACCCUCCCCUUCUUGAUCCAUGCCUGUUCCGGCGGCGACACUCCACUGGGACAAUCCCUGCACGGUAAAAGCGUCCGUCUUGGUUACAGCUCCCACAUCUUCACGCAGACGGCGCUGAUGAACAUGUACUUUGGGUGCGGCUUGGCGGUUCCCGCUGGCAGGGUGUUCGAUGAAAUGCAGGCGAGGGACGUGGUUGCAUGGACCGGCAUGGUUUCCGGUUAUGUGGACUCUGGAAUGCAUCUUCAAGCCGCUGAGAUCUUCAGGGAAAUGAGACGUGGUGAGGAGGUUGCAAGGCCUAACGUGGCAACGUUGGUGUCGGUUGCUUCUGCGUAUGCCGGUCUUGGCUCCCUGGAGUAUGCUAAGGGGCUGCACGGCUAUGUGGAGAAGGUGGGACUGCGAGGCGAUUUGAUUGUGACGAAUGCACUGAUGGAUAUGUAUGGAAAGUGUGGUAGCAUGGAGUCGGCUCGUGCUCUGUUUGAUUUCAUGCAUGAGAAGGACCUACUUUCAUGGACAACGAUGAUUUCAGGGUUGGCUUCUCAUGGACAUGGCUAUGAAGCAGUUGCUUUGUUUUUAAGCAUGCGAGAGGCGGGGGUGGUGCCGGAUUCAACCACCUUCAUUGUUGUUCUUUCUGCUUGUAGCCAUGCUGGACUGGUGGAUGAGGGGAUUUCAAUCUUCAAUUCCAUGGCGAGCGAGUACAAGGUCAAUCCGGGUAUUAAGCACUAUGGUUGCAUGGUGGAUCUUUUCAGCAGGGCAGGGCUUCUUUCACGUGCUUAUGAGCUUAUCGACAGCAUGCCUUUUGAGCCAAACUUGGCAAUUCUUGGAGCAUUGCUGAGUGCGUGUAGUGUCAAUAAUGAACUGGAGAUUGGGGAACUAGUUCUCAAGAAGAUUGAUUCUGUUUGCUCCUAUAAAGGAGGUGCUGGUGUGCUUCUGUCCAACAUCUAUGCUAACCAGAACCUAUGGCAUGAAGUUGAUUCCAUUAGAACGAAGAUAAGAAAUGGUACCAUUCCCAGAAAGCCACCAGGUCAGAGUUCGGUGGCAUCAGAAGUUCCCUUCAUGACUUUGUGAUUUGGAGCUUUUUAAGAGAAAUCCACUUUAUUGUCAGUAUUAACCUUGACUGGCAAAAUGGCCGAUUUCCGUGCGAACUGGAGAUGUGGUCUGUGGGCAGCAUAUUUUGCAGAUUAGCUUUCCAUAGAGCGCAUGGAAACACUACACUUCAGUCGCAAACUUCUUCCCUGCUAAUGAAACAGCACGGAGCGAUGCCUUGUUGCAGCAUUUUCACCGAAAAAGCCUGAGGCUGAACCAGUCAAAUGGAUUGUACGUAAACCGCCUUAUAAAUCGCCCGGCUGGGGAUGGAAAUGCGUGGACAGGGCCAGGGCUAGGGCUCAUGCGUGCCGUGUAACUUUGAGCUUCUUCAUUAGCAAUACAGUGACGCCCAGAACAUGUCCUUCAGGUAUACGAUGCUCAAAUUGUUGACCUGGGUAUACAUGUGGCGGUGUGGGCCUUUUAAACCAGGAAGGAGGCAGUAGCAUGUAUCCCUACUUCCCUAGCAUGUGUGUGAGCUCAACUCUGGCACUGCCCACUUGAAUGCUGCUGAUGCUGCAUUCCGGUGGCAACUUGUGGGCAUCUUGCUUGGACACUUAUUUUGGAUAGGAGAGAGUAAUGUUUGAUGCUGAGUUAUCCUUUUCUUGUGUGGUGUUGUAAUCCAUUGCCGAAAUGUGGAUUAGAUUUUUCAGUUAUUCGUAUCACCCA